GUCCAGCAUGACAGUUAACAGAUGUCAGGUGAAAAGAUUUGAUUUGAGGUUAUGGUAUUUGUUUUGGUUGUAAUUUUAUGAGCUUUUGGUUAAUUCAAAAUUAGCAGCUGGAAACGUUUGUACCCAUUUUAACAUUAAUUCGCACAAGUGCGGUGCUUAUAAGUACUUCUUAAAUUAUGACGGGAUUGAGGAGUCAUGUAGUACAGGAAUUGAAUGAAAAGUAUGGUGAUGAUCUGCUGGACCUAGGAAAAUGUAUAGAAUUACAGCACAAGCUCCUCCAGGAAAAACUAGAAAUCGAAAGAGAAAUAAACUUGGAGAAUAAUGAUUCGUCUAUAGCAAAAAUGGUGAUAAAUUCUGAAAAGGUUAUAGAAAAUAUAAACGCUGCAAUAUCAGAAGCUGAAGAAAUAACAGAAUUGAUUGAUAAAGAUCUACAUAAUGUAGAAGAAGUAAGAACUAGCAUUCAUGAGUAUAAAGACAAAACAAAUACAGUUCAAUGCUUAUUGCAGUACAUGAAAGUGAUACAACAAAUAGAAUAUUUAAGUACUGAAUUAAAGACUCAGGUUGCUAAAAAGGAUGAUGAACAGUGUGUAACAAUUUUUGCAAACCUGACUGAAAUUAGCAGAAAUUUGGAAAAUUUUAGCGGUAAACAUUUAUAUGAAUAUUUGAAGGAUUGUAUAUACUUUUGGCAUAAUGUCCUCAAAGAUAAGUUAUCUAAAGACUUAGACGAAGCCCUUAAAUUGAUAAAGUGGCCUUUCACAAGUGCUAACUUCUCCUUAGUGGUUCCCUUACCAAAUCACAUCCAGAAACUCCAGAUCAUUGCUGAGUAUCUCUUAGAGAUUGAGAUUCCCAGUGAGAUGGCUACACCCACAGUUCAAUCUGCACUACUAUCCGAAUUCCCCCCUUUAUGUUUACCUAUACAGAUGAUGUUGGAGUCAUUGAAAAAGAGGUUUACAUAUCAUUUUUAUGGUACUAGACAGACAAAUAGGGAAGACAAACCAGAAUGGUACUUUACUCAGAUACUAACAUGGAUUAGGGAUCACAAAGAUUUUGUAGAACAAUAUAUUCAACCUGUUGUAGAAAAGUUGGGAUAUCACCAUAUAGAUGCCAAGUUAGAACUGGUGAGAGGCUUAGUACAAAUAGCUGUAGAGAAGCUAAAUUCAGACAUACCCAAUAUCCAAUAUGAUGACUACACUUUUUCACAUACAGUAGAUGAGGCUUUAGGUUUUGAUAAAGAGCUAAGGGAAACCUAUGACUACCCGUCAAAUCAGCCGAGUAUUUUGUCUGUUUUGACACAGGCGCAUGUUUUCAUUAAGUGGUUGAAUAUGGAGAAGAAAUACGCAACAGAGAAAACUGAUGGCAUGUUACCACCCAAUUCUUCUGAGGCGUUUUCUCCAUUGGCAUCAGAUGUAGAGGACCUUAAAGUGACGGCUUGUGCAGAUGCUUUUAUCACUUUGCUGCAAACAAUCACUGCUAGGUACGAAUCAUUGCCUCAACCAGGGCACAGAUUGCAAUUCCUUGAGCUGCAAAUAGAGCUACUAGAUGAUUUUAGAGUGAGAUUAUUACAACUAGUCAAUGCAGAAAUGGGUGACAUCAUUGAAUCAAAAGUACCAGCAAUAGCUAACACCCUGUAUUAUAUAGAAAAUGUUCUGAUUGAUUGGGGAGCCACAUUGCACUUUUUGAACCUGUAUUACUAUAAGUCUCAGCUAGAAAGCGGCAAGUCACCUAGAAGUCCUUUGACACCAGAAUCAGAAGAUAGUAUAAGUGACGUGGAUCUGGAUUCUGAAACUGCUUUCGCAGACACCCUUUCCCUAUAUAAGCAUAUGAGAAAAGAUUUAUUGCACACUCUGUCAGAAACUGUCAUUAUGGAGGCAAAGAGUAAAAGUAGGGCAUACACAAGAGAAUUAUGGUCUGCGAUGAAGGUAGAACGAGAAUUCCGCAGCCUCUCACUAACCCCCAGCGCAUGUCCAAUGUUUGAAGUGUUGUCCAAGCGCCUCCACCAGUUGCAGAAAGCAUUGCACGCCACCUUGUUCAACAAAGUGUGGCGGUCUGUAGCUCAGCAGUUGGACGCGCAUCUGUUUGAGGAUCUAGUGUUGGACAACAGAUUCAGUGAUGGUGGCGCUCUGCAGCUCAAAUUUGACGUUACCAGGAACUUGGUACCGCUGUUUGCACAAUUCAGUGACAGAGCAAACAAUUAUUUCACUCAAUUGAUAGAAUCAUGUAACCUGCUGAAUAUAAGCAAAGGCAGUGCUCUUCUUUUGAGGGAGACCCUUUUAGCCCUGGAAGGCGCUACUGGUGUGGAGGACAUGAGAGGAAAGGCUUUGAAAGAAAUAGGAGUGAAUACAUUCUCGCCAAAAUUGUCCGUGACAAUUUUGAACCAACGGGCUGAUAUUACUGUGAAUAGGGUUCUGAUUGAUUAGCUAUUCUGAACAGUGAUAUUUUGCACGAAAAAAUACUGUUUAUGUCUUUGCUUCCAACAGAAUGCUAACUUGAGAAUAAACUUGAUGUAUUUUUGCUGCCGAAAGCUUUGUGUGUAAUGUAUAUCUUUUACAGACAUAAGCAAAAUAAGAGAUUUGAUAAUGAUGGAGAUGGCUUUUUUUUUAAUGAGUAGCAGCUCUCAAUAUUGGUUGGUGUCCCGUUUUAGCUUUUUGCAGGUUAGUAGAAACAGUAUUUUUUCCUUCAGAGUUUCACAACUUUAUUUAUUAUGUAUUCAAAGCAUUUAUAUAUCUUAAGCAUGUGAAUAGGUGGUUACAAAGAGUGAAUAUACUAUUUUUAUAUUUCCUACAUAAAAUUUUUAUUUCGUUUUCUCCGUUAAUGUAUUAGUCUAAUCAUAUUAGAUGAAAGUACCUCUGAUUUGCGAAAUAAUUGUAAAGUCUGGUUUUAUUGCUGCAAGUUGUUCAAGAGCUUUUAAAACAUGGACCCAUAAAAUGGGUACACCAAUUUUUGUAGGAAAACUUUUUAUUCGACAAAAAAGAAUGAGAAAACGUGUUUUUUGGGAUUAAAUCGAAAGUGUUGACAGGGACGAAAAAACUCUUCAUAUAAGAUUUUUAUGUAUUUAUGAGACCACACGUAAAAAGAUCCGACUAAUAGCAAAACAGUUAUGGCCGAAAACCGAGGCAAACUGCAGGUUUCGGCACUUAUCGGUAAUGCGACGAUGGUUUCUCGCA